AUGUUCAAUUCACAACAACAAGGAACUACCUCGGAUGAUAUUUGGCUUUCGGAAGCAGAUGGUAAUGGAGAAUUAGCCACUACUCAAAGACUCAUUGCUGAAAGAGAAUAUCAACGAUUACGCGAACAGUUUCAAACAUUGGGAAUGAAAGAAGGAGCUUCGGAAGGAGUGGACCAGUUCAGACAAGAACAUUUUGAAGAAGGUUUGAAAAAGGGACUUUUGGAAGGAAUGAUGGUAGGCUUGCUGAUGGAAUUGUUUUCCAAACAACAACGCCAAGAGGAUCAAGAGAAAUUGGAAUUGUUUUCAUCAUCAUCGGAGAAGGUUGAAUCUUGGUCUCAGGACCAGAUGAAUCAAGUGUUGGACACAGCUCGUAAAUCAUUGGACAGCCAUCAUCACCAUGAUGAGCAAUCAAAAUGGGUUUCAGAGGUGAUGCAACAAUUUGGAGAGGAGGUGAAGCCUUGGUUGGAGAUGAAGGUGAAUACUCAAGAGUCCUCUUCAUCGGAACAGAAAGAAUAA